GAGCAUGUGACCGGAAAGCAAUCAUAUGAUCAGUGUUUGGAAAAGAAGAAAAGCCGCAUAAACCUGAGUCCAUUCAGCCAGACGCUGCUUGAUAUUAUAGUUUUUACGGUGAUCAUGAGGCUUGUGAUCCUCGAUGACUAUGACCUGGCAAGCGAGUGGGCUGCCAAAUACAUCCGCAACCGUAUUAUCCAGUUCAAGCCUAGUGCAGAGAGAUAUUUUACUCUGGGUCUGCCCACAGGAAGCACACCACUGGGCUGUUACAAGAAGCUGAUCGAGUAUUACAAGAAUGGCGACCUCUCCUUUAAAUAUGUGAAGACUUUUAACAUGGAUGAGUAUGUUGGCCUGCCUCGGGACCAUCCAGAGAGUUACCAUUCGUACAUGUGGAACAACUUCUUCAAACAUAUCGACAUCGAACCACAGAAUACUCACAUUUUGGAUGGCAAUGCGACUGACCUGCAGGCCGAGUGUGACUCAUUCGAGCAGAAGAUAACAGCUGCUGGGGGCAUCGAGCUGUUUGUUGGAGGAAUUGGACCAGAUGGCCAUAUUGCCUUUAAUGAGCCUGGCUCCAGUCUAGUGUCGAGGACGCGAGUGAAGACCCUGGCUAACGACACUAUAGUGGCCAACGCUCGCUUCUUCGGAAAUGACUUGUCUAAAGUCCCCACUAUGACUCUCACUGUUGGUGUGGGCACAGUUAUGGAUGCUAGAGAGGUUAUGAUCCUGAUCACGGGAGCACACAAAGCCUUUGCUUUAUAUAAGGCCAUAGAAGAAGGGGUGAACCACAUGUGGACUGUAUCUGCCUUCCAGCAGCACCCUCAUACCAUCUUUGUGUGCGACGAAGACGCUACACUUGAGCUCAGAGUCAAGACUGUAAAGUACUUUAAAGGGCUGAUGCAUGUCCACAAUCAGCUGGUUGAGCCGACGCACAGCAUGAAAGACUACAAGGAUUAAGGCUGAAGGCCAGGCAGUAUGUCGUGUCAUCAGGGAACGAAGUGGAUUUGUAUCAGGUAGCGGGAGUGUGGUUUCGGAGAUGACGCAAGCCUCACAAAGGUGCCUGAAAUACCAGUGAUGUGUAGAUUACAGGUUUGCAUCACAUUAAUGUUUACUUGCACAAUAGCAAAUGCAAACUCUCGUCUGCCAAUUUGGAACUAUUGGUCAGGCGAGUAUUAUAAAGAUCCGGGGGGGGGUAGUUUUAAGGCAAGUUUAUUACAAGUCACUUCUGAUCUAUCAUUGUUACUGAAGAAAGACCUCUCGCAUAAAACACCACCAUUUUAAUUCACUCCUGUGUUUAAGGCCGAACUUAUCAUUUUACCAUUGUGUAUUUAAUGUGCCUUCAAGUGCUAUUAUUGUAUUGAAGUGAUAAGGACACUUCUUACACCUAAUCAUAUUGUAUCUCUCAAAAUGUAUGGGUCAUGGCUAAAGAAAAAAAAACAUUUAUUCAUAUGAGAUCUAGUUUGUUACUUGAAGUAUUUGACAGACAUUUUUCCCUUCUUUUUUGAAACACAUGUAUGCAUUUUUGGAUUUUACGGUAUUCAUUUGAAACCCCAACCUACAGUGACUGUAACUGCUGCUCAUGUUUAUUACAGUUCAAUUUAUUUUGGGCAUGUUUUGGUGAAAAUUAAGAUCUAAGAAGACAAAAUCGGUAGGUGUGGCUAUGAUGGCGGCUUUAAUACAAGGCCCUUUCUGUAUGUUUGGGAGCCAUUUUGGAUUAAACCAUAAUAUGCAUGCUUGAGACCAAUCCAUCUUUGGAACCUUAAAUGAGUUACAAGUUUAUUUGGGACCAUUAUAUAUUAUUAUUAUUUUUUUUUAAUCAAAAUGUUCCAAAAUUUCCUUAUUGAUUGUAGUUCAACUUUACUUUCAGAAAGAUGGGCCACUAGCUUUGGCAUACGUGUCGCUAUGUGACAAACAAUAGCUCAUAAAGCCUGAUCCAGAAAAUGUAAUCAUAAAUCCAACUGAGCCGAUUUAGAAUGAACGUAAAUGUUCCAAGCACAUGUACACUCCUCGUUAUUACUGUGUUGGCUGCUGUUUUAUUAUUCUAGCAAACCCAUUCUACUUUUUGUCCUUGGUGGUUAGACGUUACUGCAUGGAGUGUUACUGUCAAGUUACUUUGCAUAUGAAUGAAUUUACUGUAUUUGUAACAUCUUUAAACCUCAAUAGAUUGAUUUGAAACUCUACCGUACCACUGACAGCUGAUGGCAACAGUGUUCAUGUUUUUGUUGCAUUCACUUCAUUAGUAAAACAGCUGUUACCAGACUUUUAUUUCAAUACCAAAUUUUCUUCACAUACUCCAGGCUCGAUGAAUGAUAAAUAAAGCUUGUUUGUUUGGUUUAAA